AUUGCCCGGCAUCUAAGGAGCCAUUCCAGUUUUGGUAGCAGAUGGUACCAGCCUGCUGCAGUGUCACCGGCUGUCACCCCACAUUGAUCAAGGCUCCGUGACUAGAGCCAACUGAGGUCGCUCUUCUUGGACAGGGCGAGGCUCAAGCAACUGCAUCGUCCGCAAACUGCUGCUAGACAUCGUCACUGUCCCGAAGAUCGGCCCAGGUUCUCGAAAACGCACCAAUGACCCUCCGGGGUGCCAGCAGACCUUACAUAUGACAGCCUUAUGAGUUGUGAUCAAUGUGGUAACAUUGCCAUCGGCAAUUGGCUCCCCUUCCCACAUCGCGGGAUCUGCGAACCACCAAGGCCCCACAGUUUGCUGCAAUUGCAAAGUGUGGAUUGUCGUUAGGCAACGUCCAGUCGGAUUUUACUGCAAAAGGCUUGCUGUAGUAGCUCAGGAAGCUUUCGCCCGAGAGGCUGGUGAUUGGCUGACGUCCAGAAGCUUGGGCUCACCGAAUUUCCCAAACUGGUCAGACUAUGUGAGCCGCAGGAGGAGCCGCAGCCGCCAAGACAUGCUCCGGCAUACUGACUACCGGAGGCUUGGUUCACUCAAGUGCUUCCGAUCGAACAUGUUCAAGUUUCAACGGGCUCCGGGAGCGUGAGGCUCUGCGGUCGUGGACGGUGCCGACAUCACGGAAAUCGAAAAGGGUUUGCAUUGCGGUGGUAGGGCGGGAUAGUGGACGACGAUGGUCAGAAUGGCGAUGAUGAGCGGUGUCGAGACACCAUGACAAACAGCAAGGCUCUGGGUGAUGGAACGUGUAUAUAAUGAGGGCAAGUCGUCGGUGAAGAGCGAAACAUUUGGAACAUCAAGCCAUCGAGGUACUCAGCUCUGCAAACAACAUAUAGCAACGCUCAAGCGCUUUCAAAAUUCUCAACUUUGUCUUUACCGCGCCAGAAAACGCUUCAAAACACCAGAGUCAGCACAUCAACACCAACAUCAAGUUCAAACACCCUAGGAACGCCAAUAACCAACUCUUAGCCCCCAUCACCGACAAGCAACCAACAAGAUGACCACCACCAUGUCCCAAGCCUGCCCCUUGGCCCUAGCCCCCAAGCUUUCCACCAACAAAGAUCUUGCCCCGGCCCCUGCUCCCGGAGAUAUCCCGCGUCCUGAUAUCUCUUGGUUUCCUGACCGCAAGGUCUUCCUCAACCGUGUCGAGGCCCUCAGGCUUCUCUACCCUGAUCGCCCCACCACCGUUCCGGCCGGCUGGCCGACCCAGCUUAACAUGGCACGGGCCUGGUCCGGUAGUGACUUCUCUGACGAUGGCAAAGAAUAUAUUGUCCAGUUUGACCAAGCUGACCUGGCCGAGAUUGACGAGGCACUGGUUCACUUCAAGUCUCUUCCCGGCGAUCUCGGCCCUGAUGAUGUUUCCAAGGAGACCUUCCCCCUGCCCGGUCUCGAGGAAAGACUCGAGGCCAUUUCCCAGGAGAUCCACAACGGCCGCGGAUUUGUCGUUUUGCGAGGUCUCCAGCCGGACAAGUGGACCAACAUGGAGAACAUUCUCGUCUAUCUUGGCGUGACCUCGUACAUCGCCGAGAAGCGAGGCAUGCAGGACUUUGACGGUCGCAUGAUCCUUCACAUCCAGGCUGUGGUCGAAGACGUGAAGAAACACGGUGCCAUGCCCAACAGCCCCUAUGUUGCUCGCGCUCAGCCCUUCCACACCGACCUCUGCGACAUUCUCUCCCUCUACGCCCUCAACACUGCCAAAUACGGCGGCGAGUCCUUCCUCGCCUCCUCAGCCCAAAUCUACAACGAGCUCGCCGCCACCCGCCCGGACAUAAUCCACACCCUCAUCAAAGACGACUGGAUCUUUGACGAGUUCUGGCAGGGCCAAUACCACACCCGUCCUCUCCUCUUUAAUUUCGAGGGCCAAGGCCCCGCGUUUCAAUUCUCCCGCCGUCCCCUCACCGGCUCCCACUUUAGCCCGCACCACCCCGACGUCCCUGCCAUGACCGAGAUACAAGCCGAGGCGUUGGAUGCCGUGUUUUUUGCGGCGCAGAAGCACAAGGUGGAGCUCAAGUUGCAGAAGGGGGACAUGAUGAUUUUCAACAAUUUUGCGAUGCUGCACGCGAGGAGCAGCUUUCAUGAUGAGGGGGAGCAGAGGAGGCACAUGUUGAGGCUUUGGUUGAGGAAUGAGGAGCUGAUGUGGAAGACGCCGAGGGAGCUGGAGAGGUUGAGCUGGGAGUGUUAUGGGGAUCAUGAGUGGAGGGCUAAGAGGGUGUGGGAUAUUGAGAGGAGCCCGCCCGAGCUGAGGGUCAAGUAUAGACGGGCUAGCUGUGCUUGAGUGCUAGGGUUGUGGGUGCUUUGGGGUUGUUGUGGGGAGGAGAGGGGCGAUGGUGCUGUGCUGGUCGCUCGCUUGCUUUUCUUUUUUGUCUCGUGUUUGCGUCUUGUUCGGUGAUCUGGGGAUUUGGGAGUACACGAGAGCUUUUCCUUUUUCGUUUUCUUUUUACAUCAUGAUUAACAGUUCUUGAUAAUUUACCUUUUAUUUUAAUGACUUGUUUGUUGUACAGUCUCGUCAAA